AUGUUAGUGAAGUAAAAAUGCCCCCCUUUAAAUGUGAUUUUCGCAUGGAGUUGUACUCUGUGGCAAACUUUGGCCACACCUAGAUCCCGUGCCAUUUCCACCCAUUUAAAAAAAGAGAAAAAGUAGACUAGAAGAAAAGCUUUUCUUUUUUAUUUUUUUCCCUCCUCCUCUGUGGUGCGUUUGUUUGCGUGUCGGCGUGUCCCGGCGGUGUAACCGGAGAGAGGGGCCUCACUGAGAGGGAAUGCAGGACUGCAAUGGAGCACAAUGCAAUACAGUGGGUGGGUGCUCCCUCCUGCCAGAGAGGCAGCUAUGCCUUCUACAAGUCGGUGAGCAGCAGAGCUCAGCCUGACGGGCCGCUCCAGGUGUGGAAGCUCGGCGAGUUCUACUUCAUCCAAUGUGGGCCGGAGGAUCCCAUCUGCAUAGCCGAGGUGACCUUGCUGUGGGAAGAUCAGGCUCGGCGCCACCUGCUGGCUAGCGCCAGACUCUACUUCCUGCCUGAGGACACUCCAAAAGGCCGAACCAGGGAGCAUGGAGAGGACGAGGUCCUGGCCGUGUCCAGGAAGAUGGUGGUACGGGUGGAGGACCUGGUGAAAUGGUCACGUGCCCACCUAGUCGGGUGGAGCGGUGGCUCAAUGCCUCCAGUGGUCAAGACAAAUGGUGUCCACGAACCUCCACAGAACAGCGGAGACGGCGGCGGCAGCGUCAUGCCAAGCAAUAACAAUGAGCUCCUGGAAGUCAAAGCUGAGGAAGAGCCGUCGCAGCAGCAGACUGUCAAGGUUCUCAGUUACCCACAGUACUGCCGCUUCCGCUCCCUGCAGAGACGCAUCCAGGAUGGAGCCAGGGACCCCGCGCUGCAGGAUCCAUACCUGUUGGCCCUUGGGGCCAUCAAUGUUCUGCCCAACGUCAGGGUGAUGUACUGCAGGGACACCUUCAACCACCCGACACUGGAGAGCAGCGCCUGUUUCUCCUGGCAGUUCAGGUGUCCAUCUCUGAGUCUUCGAGGACGACCUCGUAAGAGGAAAGGUCGCGACAGCAAAGACUCUCCGACCUCUGGCCAACCAGAGUCCUGGAUCGAAAAGAUGAAGGAGAACGUGAUGGGCAGUGUGGAGGUCGGAUGUGAGGGCAGCUGGCUCCCCCAUCCAGAGGAGCAGCUGUUCCUGGAUCAGCUCUUUGUUUUCAUGGAGCGCCACGGAUCGCCCAUCCACAAAGUUCCCAACCUAGGUUUCAAGAAGAUCGACCUGUUCCUCAUGUAUUCGGUGGUCAAACGGCUUGGUGGCUACAAGAAGGUGACUUCGGACCGCCUGUGGAAGGUGGUGUACAAUGAGCUGGGCGGAUGUCCAGGCAGCACCAGCGCAGCUACCUGCACCAGGAGACACUACGAAAGACUGAUGCUUCCAUACGAGGAGCACUUGAGAGCUGGAGGAGGAGCAGAGUUUAAAAUCCCCGAUGUGCCGCUGCCUUCCAAACCCAGAGGAAUACGAGGACGGAAACCUCUGCCCAGAGGCAGGAAACCCGGACCAAAACCCAAGGACAGGAGGACAGGAACGUUGUCGCCUGCUGCUCCGCCUUCUCCUAUUCUGAGUCCAAACGGCUCCAUGGUGGUGAAACGAGGCAGAGGCCGACCGCCAGGAACUCGUAACAAAUCCACGCUAAUUGCUCAGGCCAAACUGCUGGCUCAGCAGCAAACAGCAACCAAACCAGCAGCAGUGGUGGAGCUGAAGCAGCACAGUCUUCUGCUGCCCCCUGUAGGCAGAGGAGGACCGACACCCAGCAGCACACACCGGCCCAUCCAGCCGGCCAUCCUCCCGCUCAGCAUGCCCCUGACCCCUGACCUCUCACCCUUGUCUCCUUCCUUCCUCCCCUUCAAAACGACGGAGCUGAAGUCGGAACGCGGCGACUCGGGGCCUCCUCCCCCUCCCAGUGUUCUCAUCCCUGCUCUCCCUCACUUCGUCACCAGCUCGCUGAGUGGUUUCAGCCCCAUCAAAGGCGUGUGCCCUCUGGAUGUCUUCAGGAGCCAAAUUAGCCGGCAGAGGGGCCCCGACAGCCCCGCCCUGACCCCUCAGGACCCGGCACAGCUCCACCCGGCCAUCUUCACCCUCCAGCCCAAAGGAGGGAACCCGGACACGCCGCACCCCAGCUCAGAGCAGCUGCAGCCUCAGCUGCACCAGCUCCACCAGCACCACUGCUCCGGCUGCGGCUCAGACGAAGGGGGUCAGCGCGGCACAUCCAGGAGCCGGCCCCCGCCGCCUCCACUCCGCGUCCUGCCUCUCAACCUGGACUGCAGCGUCCAGGUGAGGAAGGUGAUGCGAGCUCACCUGGACUCGUCUCAGUUGCAGACCUUCACCCGCCGGCUGUCGGAGGCGCUGUCGCAGGACUUGAGCGCCAAGCCACCCUGCUCCCCCAUCACCCCGCCGCCGGAGCAGGCGCUGCCCCUCAACCUCAGCAAACGCUUACCACCCAAACGGCCCAGCACCGAGGGCCCCGAGCAGAGUCCACAGGCCGUCAACAGAAACUCGGAUCCGUCGUCCUCCAAGAGACCGCGCAGUGGCCCCCAGGAGCAAGCGCAGGAUUUCAGCCUCAGGGGCCGCUCUAGCUCUCUGGUGGUGUCCAGCGUUCAGAGCGUGGAGGCAAGGGGCCAGGAGGAGCCAGCAGACCUGAGCUCCCCGAGCCGCAUAAGGGCCUUCCUGCUGGGACUUCCACCCUUCCAGGUGAAACUGGAGGAAGACAUGAACGGGACGAGGUUUGUGAAAAUUCCUCCUCCGACCGAAACCAAAAGGACCGAAGUUGGAGAUGGAAGUGCGAAGACGGAGGCAAAGAAGCAGGAGGAGUUGAUGGGGAAGGAGCAACCGGAGCGAGAUCCGACCCUGUGUCCUGGUCCCGCGGAGCUGAAAGGAGCCGGCCCUUCCGACACGGACACACACUGUUUUUAGCGUUUAUUUCCAUAAAUCAGGAUCACCUCAGAGACUCGUCUGCGCCGGGCGUUUGCUUCUUUAAUGACAUUUAUUUCGCUACAUUUCCAUUUUCUCUGGAGGAACGCCAUCAAACAGAAUCAUGACAAUCACAGAUGAAUUUCCGUUAAAACAAAAACGGGAGAUGAUUUUCUUUUUGUUCCUGAACACUGCCAUAACCCUGGGAAACACUAUACACGUCUCUCCUCUACGUUCCGAUGAAACUGAAAUGGAUCCACAACAGUUAGAACAAGAUAUCAUGUUUGGGUAAUGCUAUGCAUCAUGACUCCUCCUACAGCAUCCCUGGUGUCGUCCGCUAGUCAACGUUUUUAAAUUGUUCUCUACGUCCGUAGGGAGAGACUUAUUUUCUGAUAGUGUUUAAAUGUAAUCUAGGGCUCAAAAUGAAAAGCUGUCUUCACAAUGUAUCCAGUGAAAGUGAAGCAUUUCAGUCCUGCUCGUUAGCUGAUGUAAACGUACACAAACGUGCCUUAAAGGGCCGGCGACUCUCGCCAUUCCCGGCUUCAUCUGCAUCCACUCAGACCGAGAUACCUUGAUGUUUCUACAACACAUCCAUCGACCAGGUUCACUAUCGUGUCGGCUUGCUCUCGCCUUUGUCUCUGUUCAGAUUCUUAGAUCCCACAUGUAGCUCCGACAGUCUAAUCUACCUCAGGUUCUUCAUUUCUCCGCCUUGCCCCAUUUUUUUUGUACCCUGUUUGAGAAUUAUAAAACUACCCAACGUGUUUGAGUUGAAAGCAUGUUCAGGAUGUCCACAACAUCUGUAGCGUCCUUCUUCAACAGAUAGAGGCUGUUUUCAAACUUGCCAAAUCGGUAAAUUUGAAAUCAAAGCCAAUCUUGUAUCUGGAGCUUGAGAGUGAGCAACUCCUGCCUCCAUAUUGAGAUUCAUGCACUGUACAGGUGUGUCUCGAUAACUUAAAAAAUCACCAAAGAGUUUGUUUUGAUCCAUAAAUUCGGUUCAGAAAGCGUAACUCGUGGUUGAGGAUUAGCAGAUAUUCUUUGCACUAAACUUUCCAUUUGGAUUCUUCGCUAUAGCACUCUGGACAGACAAGUUCUGUAGCAAUGAGCUUUUCUUGCCUCCAUAACAUUUAAUUACCUGUGAGCUAUAACUACCAAAAGCAGAAAUAAAUGCUUAAAAUUAAUCUCUUUCUGCAAUGAAUCCAUGAAAUUUCUGUAGUUUCACUUUAUGGACUGAAUUAUUAAGUUGAAUUCUCAUUUUAAUUUCUUCAGAUGCACCUGUGAUUCCAGGAAUUUCAUGUCGGUUAAAACCUUUUGUUAGAAACAGGAAACUAAAAUUGAAUCUUGCAUCAAAAAAUAUGUCACUUUUCUUGCUGUCAAACAUCAAGGUAUCUCUUUAACUCACUUUCCUGUUCGCUUUGACACCACAUAUGCUGGUUCAGAUUUGCACACCUACUGUACUCCUUUUGCUUUUUGUCAUAUUUAAGCCAGUUAUAAUUUACUGUCUCAUUUCUCACCGUUUGUAUUUGACUCAAACUAAUAGGUGCUGUUUAUUCCUAGCUAUGUAGCUCAUGGCCACAUUGUUUUUUGACUUGUUUCAAGGCUCAGAAUAUUGUCACGCUGCAAGUCAGAAAGUUUUUAAUAGGUGGAAAAAUUCACAUUGAUUUAUCCACAGAGAAAAUAUUUUAAAGAAAUAUUUUAAAAGAUGAAAAAAUGUGCUUAUUAGUAAUUAUUUUUAUCAGAUUUGUUUGACUGUUCCAUGUUCAGCAAAAAUACUUGUGAAUGAUUGCAUGAAAAAACAAUGUGUACUCAGUAUAUGGGCAGAUGCACCAAAGUGCUCCACCAGACUCCUGUAUAAUUCUGCUAUUGAUAGUAUUUUUACAAUUUUACUUCAUUAAUUUGUUUUCCUUCUUUAUUGUAAAAUAAUUAUUGGGCAAAAAAAACCUACAAAUGUCAUAUAUUCUUUAUCGCAGUAAUGUUUUUCACAACAGGGUAACUACUGUAACUACUGUCUGGCUCUGCUUCCUCACAUCAGUAAACCUGUAUUUAUUGGUCCCAGAGAGCUUUAAAGGAACACGUUUGUAGAACAAAUAAUGUGGCCAGUGGUGCUCACUGAAGAGCUUAUCACAUUUUAAAAUGAAAUAAGGGUAAAAAUAAUAUUGGUCCUCCACAAAGCUGCUGUUCAGAAGCUAACAACCAGCACUGACAUAAAAUAAUGCUCUUUGGUGUUAGCAUUAGAAACAAUGUCUGACUCCCAUUUUAAGCUGCUUACCAUAUUUUUCGUAUUCCAUGAAAGUGUUGAGUUAACAUACAAAUAGUCAUUGGAAGAAUGAUUGCUACCCUACAUCACUUAGUUUCAAACUAUUGUUAGCUCAACAUGCUAAUAUCCUAACGCAUCAGAUAAAUGUCUCGUCAGUUUUUAAAAAAUAGCUGUUUGGAUCAAUCAUGUUUUUUGGACCUUCUUAAUUUUUGGAUGUUAUAUACAUAUUCCCAUUAACUAAUAAAGGUUUUGUUUAUUACUGAUACAACAGUAAUAAUUUUGCCAGUUAGCGUUUCAUUGAGAUUUAUUAGGUUAUGAUUAAUUCACAAGCACCAAACCUUCUUGGUUGAGCUGGACUGUUUGUUGUUCUUAACAGUUUUUUCAAACCACAGCGUGUUUCAAACUUGAGGUUCGUGGGCCAAGUCCAGCCGGGCGUAGCUGUUUUGGUGGCCCACUAGACUCCAGAAUAGAACAUAAAGAAAGCAGUUAUGUGAUUAAUUAUUUUAUCAGGUUUUUUUUUUUAUACUGUCAAACAUCAGUGUAAAAAAAUGUUUAAAUAUACUUUAAGAAGUACUCAAUAAAUGCAGAGAAAGAUAUAUUAUCUUAAAAGUUGAAUAUAGUUUUAUCAAAGCAUUAUGCCACAACCGGCUCUUUGAGGAAAUUUAUGACCUUGAUGAGUUUCAAACAUCUGUACUGCAGGUACUGUACGGAGAGUGGAACAUUUCCUAGCUUAACAUGCUAGCUUGCCAUGCUUUGAUUUACCUUUAAGCCAAAAUCUGCUAUGUGGGGAUUCUAGCUCACUUUGUAUGUUUAAAUAAAAAUUUUUGACUACUCAUCUGUACAACACUUCAAAGUUGCUGCUACUAGAAUGGUGAUAAUUUUGUUAACUUAGCAUUCUGACAUUUAGAGUUUUUAUUGUAAUUACUGUUCCAAAGAUUCUGUAUUUAACAGUAUAUGUAUUUUGUGACAAUUAUUCCUAUCAAUCAGUUGUCUUUUUUGACUUAAAUCGGUUUAUACCAAAUUGUUUGUACACCAAGAUGCUAAUGGUGAUCAUUUUUCUUGAGUUGCAGUUGUUUAAGAAUACAAAUCUUUUUUUAAAAAUCGCUGCUCCUGUUUAUCGUCAGUGUGACGGUAGAGGGUUGAUCUUACAGUUCAUUUUGUGUAGAGCGCCUUUAAUAUGCAUUUGCCAAACGAAAGGCAUAACUUCCAACUGAUCCUUGUUCUAAUAACCACAGCUUUUAAAAUGGAGUUUCCAAACCUGUUCCUUUAAAGUUCGUCUGGGUCUGAUCAGUCUUCUGGUUCCUCCCAGGUGAAACGCAGCUCCACUGGACCAGUUUAGAAUCACCUGAACAUUGGCUUCAGUUCUUUUGCUCCUUUUUAGUUGAUGUAUUGAAUAAUAAUGACAUGCCACUCAUUUUAUUUUAUUUUAUUCUCUUUUAUUUUCAGCGUCUUAAACUAGUAUAACUUUUUUUUCUUUGUUUGGAUAUUUAAGCUUAUAGUCUAGCUAGUUUUUUUUUUUUCUUUGAUAGGUUUCACAAUGUUUACAGUUUGUUAUGCAUGUUAUACAGAUUUCUUACAGUGUUUUGCACACUACUCCAGCAUCAGUCUUGAACGGCACUGCUCAUUCAUGUAAAGUACUUAUAAGUGCCUGAUACUUAAAUUUGGAGUUAAUGUUUGUAAGCGAAUGAAAGUUAAAUUAGUUCAUUAGCCUUCAUGCCAUCGACUUGAACAAGGGGUCCCAGUGUAGGUGAGUUUUGUUGAACUUUGCGGACUUUUGUAAAUUCUCGUGUUGAGGAUUUGAUGAAAGAAGACCCGCGACACCAGAACGACGCUCGGCUCCGUGUGUUGGACUGAACCGAACCUACAAGACUUAAGAAAAGGGACGGCAAGCGGUCGGUUGGACAUUCAUGAUGAUACAUGAUCAAAAUAAAGGUGCUACAUGUCA